AUGCAGCUAGUGGGGUCUCAGUCGCAAGACAAGCUUGACGAUGCAACCAAAGGCAUAUCUUGUGCUAGGACAAAAUUGUCCUCGCCGACGAGCGCGGACCGCAAGCGAGGCUACGCUCGAGCUUGGACCGCGCUUGAGAUUCUUGAGGAAAGCCCAUUCUACGACCCUACUAGACGAUACCUGAGGUCGAGCGAUAAUAUUUCGCUCUCAGUGCCAACAAGCUCGGAACUCGGAUUGCGACCCAUAUGGGAUGCCUUCCGGUCAAGCUAA